GUCUUUCUGUUUUAUACGGUGUUUUGUGGUGCCUUUUUCCAAAUCUCUUCUCUUUAUGUAUAUUCCUUAAAUCUCUCUCUCUCUCUCUCUCUCUCUCUCUGUCUCAAUCUUUUACUUGAUUACACUUCCUUUGUUGAUUUAGUUUUCCUCUAUACAUAAUAUCAUGAAGUAGUUUGUUAAAUCCCCCACAAAAACUAUUCACUCUGCAGGUGAUGUUCAUACAUUCAGCUGCAAAAAAUGUUUGAUUGUAAUUACAAAUCCCAAUACCUGGGUGGUCAGAGGGAGAAGUUUGUCAGGUUGGACGACUUGGACUCUAGGUUAUCAUCAUCUUCUGAUACUGGAGGAAAAAAAUGUGGAUUUGGCAUAGAAGGAUUUGGUCGUGCUGGUCAGGGAACCAAUACAACGACAACAUCCAGAUCUUUCAAGAAAGGAAUCAGAAAGGGAUCUGAAGGACUUAAGUCUAUUGGUCGGUCACUUAGAUUUGGGGUGUCUAGGGCAGUAUUUCCAGAAGAUCUUAAAGUUUCUGAAAAGAAGAUAUUUGAUCCUCAAGACAAAUUUCUCCUUUUGUGCAACAGAUUGUUUGUCAUAUCAUGUAUUUUGGGCGUGUCUGUGGACCCUCUGUUUUUUUAUCUUCCAGUUUUUAAUGAUCCAGCACACUGUCUUGGAAUAGAUAGAAAAUUAGCAAUUAUAGCAACUACUUUGAGGACUGUUAUUGAUGCUUUCUAUCUUAUUCGUAUGGCUCUUCAGUUCCGGACAGCUUAUAUAGCUCCAUCUUCUCGUGUAUUCGGGCGAGGUGAACUUGUGAUAGAUCCAGCACAAAUAGCCAAGAGAUACUUGCGUCAGUAUUUCAUCAUCGAUUUUCUUUCUGUCCUCCCCCUACCACAGAUUGUGGUUUGGAGAUUUCUUCAGAGGUCAAAUGGUUCAGAUGUCCUGGCAACUAAACAGGCCUUGCUUUUUAUUGUCUUGCUUCAAUACAUUCCUAGGUUUCUUCGAAUCUUUCCCUUAUUUUCAGAAAUGAAAAGAACAACCGGAGUCUUUGCUGAAACUGCUUGGGCAGGUGCUGCUUGUUAUCUGCUAAUGUACAUGCUUGCUAGUCAUAUAGUUGGUGCAUUCUGGUAUUUGUUAGCUGUUGAGCGGCAGGACACAUGCUGGCAAAAGGCUUGUCAUGAUACUGAGAAAUGCAAUAAAAAUUUCCUGUAUUGUAGCAAUCAACAUAUGAGUGAUUACGCUUCCUGGGCCAACAUCAGCAGUAAUGUUCUUCAGUCGAAAUGUGAAGCAAAAGAUGAAGAUGGACCGUUUGAUUAUGGAAUUUAUACUAAUGCCUUAUCAUCUGGGAUUGCAUCAUCUAUGAAGUUCAUAUCCAAGUACUGUUAUUGCUUGUGGUGGGGGCUUCAGAAUUUGAGCACACUUGGCCAGGGGCUUCAGACCAGCACUUAUCCAGGGGAGGUUAUAUUUUCUAUAUCACUAGCUAUUUUUGGGCUUAUCCUCUUUGCACUCCUGAUUGGGAAUAUGCAGACCUAUCUUCAGUCGCUUACUAUUCGAUUAGAAGAAAUGAGAGUUAAAAGGCGCGACUCAGAACAAUGGAUGCAUCAUAGGUUGCUUCCACAAGAUCUUAGGGAACGGGUGAGGCGCUAUGACCAGUACAAAUGGUUAGAAACACGUGGGGUGGAUGAAGAGAGUUUGGUGCAGAGCCUGCCAAAGGAUCUUAGGAGAGACAUUAAACGGCACCUCUGUUUGGCGUUGGUGAGGAGGGUUCCUCUAUUUGAGAAUAUGGAUGAGAGGUUGCUCGAUGCCAUUUGUGAGAGGUUGAAACCUUGCCUGUUUACAGAGAGAACUUACAUAGUUCGAGAAGGAGAUCCAGUUGAUGAAAUGCUUUUUAUCAUACGUGGUCGACUUGAAAGUGUAACCACAGAUGGUGGGAGGAGUGGCUUCUUCAACCGUAGUUUGCUAAAAGAAGGAGAUUUCUGUGGUGAGGAGCUUUUGACCUGGGCAUUGGAUCCUAAAUCCGGUGUUAAUCUCCCAUCUUCUACCCGCACAGUGAAGGCUUUGACAGAAGUGGAGGCCUUUGCCCUCAUAGCUGAAGAGUUAAAAUUCGUGGCAAGCCAGUUCAGGCGUCUUCACAGUAGGCAAGUUCAGCACACCUUCAGAUUUUACUCCCAGCAGUGGAGGACGUGGGCUGCUUGCUUUAUUCAGGCUGCAUGGCGACGCUAUUCCAAAAGGAAGAAUAUGGAGCUUCGUAGGAAGGAAGAAGAGGAUGAAGUAGAUGAAACUCGCAGCAAUGCUGGUGGAGGUUCAUAUAGCAUAGGUGCCACCUUUUUGGCUACCAGGUUUGCAGCCAACGCUCUUCGUGGUGUUCAUCGAAAUCGGAAUGCCAAGACUGCUAGAGAAUUGGUGAAACUACAGAAACCGCCUGAACCUGAUUUUAGUGCUGAAGAUGCUGAUUGAUUUCUAAUUUAUGACGACUAUUUCAUGCUCACAAGGGCAAAACGCAACACAAAUAUAUAUAUUUUCUACCUUGGGACUCCUUGUUAAUUUCAGUAAUAUUUGAAUGGUUAAAUUUUUUUCUGUAUAUUAAGUUAAAGCCUUUUUUAACUCAGGACGCAACUACAUUAAUACGAAACUGGGUUCUCUUUUUUUUUUUU